AUGGAGACUACAUAUCUCAAAAAAUGCCUUGGCACAUGCUUGGCGGAGGGUCUUGCCGAGGUGGCUGAACGUCGGCCAGCAGACCCAAUUCUGUACUUGGCACACUGGAUUUACAAAUAUAAGAAGAAUAUGUUUGAAGAGCUACAGAGAAAACUGGAGAGGGAUGAGCUGGAGCGAGAGCGUGAGGAGGCCCAAAAAGAAGUGGAAAUGUUAGAAAAAAUGAAAGAAGAAGAACUUUUGAUUCAGCAGAAGCUUGAAGAAGAAAGACAGGCACAGUUGGAACAAGAACGCGAAGAACGGGAGAGGAUAGAAAGGGAGAAAGCAGAAGAGCUUUUAUUGGAGCAGAAACGACUAGCAAACUUGGAGGCGAAGGCAGCAGCUGAAAAGGAAGCAACUUCAAAGACCUUAGCUGAGCUGACAGAUAAAUAUGGUGCUCCUCAUUUGAGUAGAGUUGAAGAGAUAGAUGAAAUGGAACAGUCUGAACAUGCAAUGACUGCUAUAACCGAGUCUGAAGAUGAAGAGGUACCAUUCUGAUAAAUAAAGUUCUUUU